CUGUCGCACUCGCCCGUGAUAUGUUUGACUUAAACACUAACAUAAUAACUUCUCCAGUAACGAUACCCAAUCUGAAAAGCCUCGAGACUCACAACACCACGCCCAUACCAGCACUUACAGCCACCAUGUCGGACACAGUGACGGACACGGGCGUCAUCGUGGACCAGCCGUCCCUGAGUAUCGCGCAAGCCCCUUCCUUCUGCAGACUCUGCAACGUGGAAUUGCGUGGCCUACAAACGUGGCGAGCGCAUGUCAAAAGCGAUGGGCACGUUUACAAGCUCCAAUUGAAGGUCGCGGAGCCCGGAAGUGUCACAUUGGCGCCACCACCUCCCUCAACAGAUGCAGAGGAAACAAAAAGCGCAGCACCGUCACGCGCUCGGAGGAGUGAACCUGAUGUUGGUUCUGACCAAGACCAAUACGUCGACAGCGACCCGGAAGACGGACCAUCAGCACCGGAUUUUGUUCCUGGCAAAUGCCUCUUCUGCCCGCAAGAAUCUGGCAUGUUGGACGACAGCAUGACGCACAUGGCCGCGGUACACGGCUUCAGCGUGCCGUUUCAAGAUUGCCUAGCCGUUGACCUCGAGACGGUCGUGUGGUACCUACACUUUGUCAUCUACGGCUAUCAAGAAUGCAUAUGCUGCGGCACGCGGCGGAGCACCGUCGAGGGCGUCCAGCAGCACAUGGUGGCCAAGGGGCAUUGUCGGUUCGACAUUUCCCCAGACACCGAGGAAUUCUACGAACUGCCACAAUCUGAAAAUGUCGUGAUUGAGCAAGCGCAACGUGACGACAGCAUGCUGGUGCGCCUACCGUCAGGCAAGCUCAUCUCAAAUCGGAAGAAUCUCGACAUCCAAGAACCUCGAGCCGCUCGCCGAGCAACACCAGACCGGGAUGCACACUCGUUCAACGAACACCCAAAGACCUCCUCGACUCCUGGUCUCGAAGUCGCCCAACGGGGAGGGAACGGAAGCGGCGAAAUCGUGCACAGCAGUGUGGCCAUACUUGCCGCGCAACUGUCCAAGUUGAGAAUCGCCGGUGAUCGAGCACAGCACAAGGAGGAGGAGCGGAAGCGAGGGAGGCUGGAACGAGCCAACAACACAAUUUUGACCAAGCAUUUCAGACUGGAUAGUGGCGAUAGUCGGAUAGGUCGAAAAUUCUAGGGUAGAGCCAGCUUCCAUAUUCAGGUUCAACUGGCCCCAGGUCUAGGUACUGGCGGCGGCUCGGUCAAGUAGCAGCGAUGCGGAGGAUUCGGAGCCUUGAGCAACAGUUUAUUCGCUUCAUUUGAACCGGUGUAACAAAUUUCUUAUCCCACCCAUUAUUCUUAUUGCUAAUGCUCCUGUCGCACCCGCUUUUGUCGACGUAAAUUAGUUGGGG